AUGGCUCUGAGGCUUCGCUGUUUGAAACAGCUUUCUAGAUCGCUACCACGAAUUAAUAGUCAAUUUACUUCUAGCUACCACGAAAAAGUAAUUGACCACUAUGAGAAUCCUCGCAAUGUCGGGUCACUUGAUAAAGCAGAUAAAAAUGUCGGGACCGGUCUAGUCGGCGCCCCCGCCUGUGGGGAUGUCAUGAAACUACAGAUUCAGGUCGAUAAAGACGGCAAGAUAGUUGAAGCAAAAUUCAAGACAUUCGGUUGCGGUUCCGCCAUUGCAUCUAGUUCAUUGGCUACUGAGUGGAUUAAAGGAAAAACUCUAGAUGAAGCAAGUGUCGUGAAGAAUACAGAAAUAGCGAAGGAACUGAACUUACCGCCAGUAAAACUUCACUGUUCCAUGUUGGCGGAGGACGCUAUCAAGGCUGCUAUAAAGGACUUUAAGUCAAAAGCUUCUCAGGAUAAAUGA